AUGGAAAUUGAAGGUGUCGAUAACUCGGCGCUCAACAGUUUUCGAGAAUAUUUAAGAAUAAAAACUGUCCAACCGGAACCAGACUAUGAUAGUGCUGUAUCAUUUUUGAAAAAGUAUGCUGCUGAAUUGAAGUUGCCUUUGAAAACUUUUGAGUAUGUUGAGAGGAAGCCAAUUGUCCUUAUUACCUGUCCUGGAAUGGAUACUUCUGCAACGUCCAUCAUCUUAAAUUCUCAUAUGGAUGUUGUACCAGUGUUCAGAGAGCAUUGGUUAUAUGAUCCAUUUGAGGCUGUAAUGGAUUCAGAAAGAAAUAUAUUUGGACGAGGUACUCAAGAUAUGAAAUCUAUUGGCAUCCAGUAUUUAGAAGCGUUAAAGAGAUUACUUCGUGAUGGCAAGAAAUUCAAAAGAACAAUUCAUCUAUUGUUUGUUCCAGAUGAAGAAAUUGGAGGCAGAGAUGGCAUGAAGUUGUUUGUAAAAUCAGACGAUUUUAAAAAGUUAAAUGUUGGAUUUGCUUUGGAUGAAGGACUACCGAGUGAAACUGAUCAUUUUAAAGUUUAUUAUGCAGAAAGGACCAUUUGGCAAAUUGAAGUAACAUGCACAGGAAACCCUGGACAUGGUUCCAUGUUCAUUGAAGAUUCUGCCGCUGAAAAAUUAAGGUCAAUCAUAAAUUCUUUUUUGGACUUUAGGGAAAAAGAGAAGGAAAGAAAAGAAAAAUGUUGUUUAACCCAAGGAGACGUGACCUCCGUGAACCUUACGAUCCUUCAGGGGGGCGUGCAAGUGAACGUUGUCCCUGAUAAGUUUGUAGCGUGUUUCGAUGUGCGAGUACCUCCUUCAGUUGAUCUUGAAGAGUUUGAGAGAACCAUAUCUGCUUGGAUCCAGCGAGCAGGAAAAGGCACAUCGUUCAGAUUGAUGCAGGACUACACUAAAUCAAAUUACACGGACAUUGCUAACCUGGAUCCCUUUUGGAAAUCUCUGACUCAAACGUUUAGUGAGCUUGCUUUAAAAACUGACGUUGAAAUAUUUCCUGGUGGGACGGACAGCAGAUACAUCAGAGAAGCAGGUAUUCCAGCUAUUGGAUUUUCACCAAUAAACAAAACGAAACAAUUGCUUCACGAUCACAACGAAUAUUUGAAUGCUGGUACCUUUUUGAAAGGAAUCGAAAUUUAUGAGUACAUCAUUUAUAACCUCGGCAAUUGUUGA